AUGAGGAGCGGCGGGAUGAUGUGCCGGUCGCACGCGGCGACGGCGGUGUGCGUGCCGGGGGACGCGCGGUCCAUGGUCGUGGGCCGCCGCGCCGACCGGACCAUCGCCGAGGACGCGCGCAUCCUGCACGACGUCAGGUACGUGCGCCUUGGUGGCGGCGGAUGCGACGGAGCCGGCGCCACGCGCGUCUCGUCCAGGCGUGCCGCGGCGCCGCCCAUGCCGAGGCGGCGCGGGGCGCCAGUGGCCGUGACGCUGCCCAUGGUCACCAAGAGCCCCAAGGAGACGCCGGCAAGGGACACGGCGGCUGCCAAGCGGACACCCGCCGCGCCGCCCACCGCCGCUCCUGCAACCGGAGACCAGGUCCUCCAGGUGGUGGUGAUGAAGGUGGCUAUACACUGCCAGGGCUGCGCAGGGAAAGUUAGGAAGCACAUCUCCAAAAUGGAAGGGGUGACGUCGUUCAGCAUCGAUGUGGAGAGCAAGAAGGUGACGGUGAUGGGUCACGUGUCCCCGGCGGGCGUCCUGGAGAGCAUCUCCAGGGUCAAGAAGGCCGAGCUGCUCCUCUGCUGAAUCUCCAACAUGCCCAGCCAUGAAUGCCAGCUGCAGAGGACGACGAGGAAGAAGGAAGAAGCUGUGUUGGGUUAGAGAGAGAAGAAGAAGUUAAGGUUAGGGUUGUACUGACCGGGGAAAGGACGACAUGCAUGGGCGUGAGAUAGUUGGAUCCAUGAAAGCUUUGGAGUCA